CAUAAACUUUUACUGCGUUAUUCCAAUCUCCCUAGAUCAGUCACACGCUACCUACUUUACAACAUCCAAACAAUCUCAGACAUGUCGGCUCAGGACUACUACAGUGGUGGAGGUGGAGGACAGCAAGGAGGCUACGGUCACCAAAGCUACAACCAAGACGGACAUGGUCAGCAAGGUCGACAGGACUAUGGCCAGCAGCAGGGCUACGGUCAACAACAGGGCUAUCCCCAACAACAACAGUACUCACAGGGCUCCGGAUAUGGCGGCCCUCAACAGUCUGAUCAUGACAACCGCGGCCAAUCCUACAACCAACAACAGGGUGGUCCUUAUGGAGGCUCUUCCGCAUACCCUGGUGGUGACCAUGGUCAGGCCGGACCCGACGGAGAACGAGGACUCGGUGCGACCCUCGUUGGAGGUGGUGCAGCUGGCUGGGCUGCCCACAAGGCUGGCGGUGGCCUUCUAAGCAGCCUCGCGGGUGCCGCCGCUGGCGCAAUUGGUGCAAACCUUAUCGAGCACAAGUUCAAGAAGCACAAGAAGGACAAGAAGAACCACAAGGAUGGUCGCCCUCGAAACUACUCCGGCGACUCAACAAGCAGCAGCGAUUCCGACUCGGAUGACGAUCGACGACGUCGUCGUCGCGAUGAUGACCUGGCUUACGGUGACCGUGGCUACGAUAAUGAUCGUCGCCGUCGUGAGGGAGACAAUUUGCGCUAUGGAGAUUCUCGGCGGGAUGACUACGAUCGACGUGACGACGGUGGCUAUGGGGGCCAUCAUCACGGCCAAUCAAACUCUCGGUGGUGAUCAAUUCCAUGGGUCUAUUAGGGUUAGCAGUUUGUGAGGGGUUUUUCUUUAUUCGAUCGCCAUAACGUUCUUGGCAAUGAAAGUAUCUAGAUCCGAUUCAAUGUUCAAGUACCUCUCUAAAAGCGAGAACCACGUUUAUCUUUCUCAUUCCUUAGACAGGAUCCCAACUGAAAUAAUCCCCACUUAGCCAUUUGCAACUCAAAACUACUCUUUCUAGUGUUUGCAAAACGUAUGGAAUAAAACUGGGGCCGUCUCGCCAAGGUCAUUGAGUAUCACGCCGAGGGGAGAAAAAUGGCAAUUGUCACACUUUCCGAUGGGUACUUCCGGUGAUAUAAGGCAAAAUAACUACUCUUGAUGCUCUAUACUAUAAUUUCCUGGGCCAUAUGGUUCCGUCUAUUCAAGUAUGGAUCGAGCGGUUGGAUACCCCAGUCCAUCAAGCAUAUGUAACACUAUCAAACAACCUGGCGGAUCAACAGAUUGCAACACCGUCCUUUUGACAGGUAAUUAACAAUAAGGUACAUAGAGAGAGUUCAUAACAAAGUAUAUCCAUAUCUGU